GGAGAGAUUGUAGCAGAACAUGGACAGGGGAACUCGCACACAAAAUAAAAGCACCGUGUAGGCCGCCGCCAAAGGAAACAGGAAUCCGGAGCAAACCGGAGGGGAGAGACUGUGGCUGGUUGGGUGCGUUGGGCGAGGGCAGCGCUAAACGACAAACGUUGGUUCAAAGGCCCUGCCAUUCUCGAUCAUCCACCCCCUGCACGGAAGAAGAGGGGGUCCCCAAUCUUGUGCGCAGUCGAUGUUUCUGAGCAUGGGCCUAAAGCCAUUCUCAAUUAUUGGAUGGCCGGCCCCCCCUUCGAAACGCUGUUUGGGGAGGGACGGCAAACUAAUAAAAUGCCAAAAACAACAUAAGCUGCACGUUCCUCUUGAUCAACAGGAAUUCCUUUCUGGAACACUUUGGUUACAGCGUGUAACAUCUACAGGUUUACGCAACCAGAGCGGUACAGCUCAAGGACUUGCAAGUAGAAAGCCGAGACCUAUAAAAUAUUUUCCACUCCAGUAGCUAUUUGUCGUUGGUCCAUACGACAGAGAUGCUGUGUGGAUUAACGCCAAAAAGGCUAAAAGUCUUUAUUGGAGCUGUCCUAGGCUUUGGACUUUUGUUUGGUGUCGUCUUAUGGGCCGGCUUGCAGAAUAAAGAAUCUGGCGACCGCAAGCUUGACGUAACAGCAUUCGGUCCUUGCAACGUUACCGAUCCCAACUUCACCUUCCCUUACAACAUACCUCUUUCCGCUCAAAGCGGCAUCGUCAAUGGCACGAGGUUCCAGAAUGUACCAACGUUGGUUGAGAUUGAAAUGUCGGUGACGAGUGUCGAUCCAGGAAGCUCCUCAUUUAGACUGCAUUUUGAAUUUACACCCAGAGGUGAUUUGGCUGACCAACCUGUGGGUGGUGGAGAUGACCUUGAGUCAUUGGUAAACCGCAAGCUCCGAUCUGAUCUCAACAUCACCGUCGGUAGCAUAACCUUCCGGUUCAAAGCGGGUGACACCAUGCAACCCCAAGAUUCGUCUUUCUCGAUCACUGGCGACAUCAACAGAUACCCGUUUGACAAGUGGCAGAACCUCUUUCUGAUGACGGGUACCUUUCGAAAUGUCACCUCCAGAGUGGAUUCGCCAGUGUCCCUUGUUGUCUUUGCCAACGCCCCUCUCGCAGCUUAUAAUGUCGUCUUUCCCCAAGUUUGCGAUACCAGCUCCAAAUCUGACGCAACGUUAAUCCUAGUCACUAGUGUUAUCAAGCGUGCACACACGACAAAGGUGUUUGUCGUACUUUUGACGAUAUUCAUGUGGGUGUUGUCACUCUUGAUGAUAACUCUUGCGGUGAGCGUGUGGGUGCGUGGAAGAAAAGUGGAACCGCCCACAAUUGCUGUGUCGAUUUCCAUGUUAUUCGCUCUUCCAUCAAUCCGCAAUAGCCAGCCUCUCGCACCUCCUAUUGGAACGACCGUGGACGUCGUUGGGUUUUUCUGGAACAUGGUGCUUGUAGCAAUUGCAGCCGCUGUACUCCUCGUGAAUUACAUCUAUCGCUACACGGGGGACGGUGUAUCAAAACAAAAAGUAGAGGUGGUCAGGGAACAUUUGACCCCAAAAUGGAGAGGGGAAAUGUAGAUAGCAAGGGAUUUGCGGGGUGUGGGUUGAAUAUCUCCUUUAUCACCGACGCGGAUUUGCUUGUAGAUGUUAUAGAUGUGAGAUUUUGUUCUAUAUGUAGAUUUCUUUUUUGUAUCAUCGCUGUAUACCUUUCACUACUUGUACCAGAAUUGGCCAAGCUGGUGUCAAGACAUUGUAUUAACUAGGAGACGUGUCAAGUACUGAAGUGCAUACUGUUAGUUAGCAUCAUAGGACGAAGACCAGAUCUUUCCUUCGUGCAAAAUACAAAAGUCCUCUUCCUCACAGAGACAGUUACGUUAUAACAUCCUGUGGUGGUCGUCUGUGUCAUGCAA